CAGAGACACUGGACGCGAAAUUAACUAGCUCCAGCUAUCCGAGGGACAAAAACAGCUGGCAGCGGCCGGCCAGCCAGUCAGCAGUGCAACAUCUGGAACGUGCACUGGGCGAGAAGACAUUCCAUAAAAACAGUGACAGGAAGAAGAGCCCUUGAUAUCUAACCCCACAGGAGGAGGAAGUCCCAGAAAUGCUUGGAAGAAUGGCCAAUGGGGAAGUAGAACAACUGCUGCACCCUCGGGGACAAAGCGGCAAACAUUAGGAGACAGAAGCAGACAACAGAAAGGGGAAAGGCACACCACUGCCGCUCUGCCUGAGCCCUUGCUGUUGCCUCUCAGCCAGUCAGCCCAGACUGCUGCCACCUAGGCUGAGGUGGUGCUGUCUGAAGCUGGGUUGUCAAGACCCAGAGCUGCUCCAAGUCAUCCUGCAAGGCUAUCUACAGUCUCCUGCAAUGAAAGACAUCAGCCUUCCAACAGCCAUGCUGAUUACCCCACUGGGGUAACACUAUGUAGGAGCACUAGGCAAAGACACUGGCAAAACAAGAACUAAGGGAAUGCACAAGGCUUAAUUGGGCUUCAGUGAAUUCGCCAUGAAUGGUGAUUCUGAAAGUCAGGAUUCUUUACAGCAAGUUCCAGACUGGAGGGAGUUUUGCGAGGUGCAGGCACGAGCUGCUGCGACUGAAUUUGCCAAGAAAUUUCGGAUAUUUAUAAGUGAAAAUCCCCAUUACGAGUGCCCGGGAAUAGAGACUACUUUCUCACAACACUUUGCUUCCCAUUUUGUGGAGUACUUUGCUUUGGAGGUGAACAGGCCAUAUCUGUCAGACUCCCCGACCAAAUAUAACAUUGCUCCGUUCUCAGACAUCCAGAAUUGUCAGCUGCCUUACAGUAAAGAAACUCUCCAGAGAAAAGAGAAGAAUUCAGAUUCCCUCGAGAGUAUAGACAACACUUCGAACUCAAGCAGGUACCUGAGGCAGGCACAGGUUUGGAACAUGUCCAAUUUUGGCCACUCCCGGAGUUCGGAGGACGUUUCUGGCAGACCAAAGUUUAAGAAAGGGUUUUCUCUGCGGAACAUGAGCAUGUGCAUGGUCGAUGGGAUGAAAGAAAUUUUACAAUGGAGGUCCUCGGCAGAACCGCUACUGGAUGCUGGGCAGAGCAGGAGACCCGAGGGUGAAGACUUCUCAGGGGAUAAACUGGAAAGCGAGGUCCAUGACAAAUGGAGCCACAAACUAGAACGUUUACGUUUGACACGGUCAUCAUCUGCUAAAGUGGAACUACUGGACAUCCAAAGAGAAGGCAUGUUGAGGUACAUGGUGGCUGAUGACACUAACUGCAUGAGCAGUACACAAUGGCAGAAGUGUCGACUGUUGCUACGAAAAGCUGUGAGACUGGAGGGAGAACGAUUCCUCUUGGAAUUUUAUGUACCGCCAAAGUCUACAAAGCCCAGAGUCAGCAUCCCACUUUCUGCAAUCAUUAAGGUCAGGACAACGAUGCCACUGGAAAUGCCGGAUAAAGACAACACGUUUGUGCUGAAGGUGGAGAAUGGUGCAGAGUACAUCCUGGAAACGAUUGACUCCUUACAGAAACACUCCUGGGUGGCUGACAUUCAGGACUGCAUGGAUCCAGGAGAUAGUGAAGAGGACUUGGAGCUGAUAUCCUGUCCACGUGCAGUGAGCAUGCCCAGUAGGGAAUUGCCUUCAGUUCCUCCUUGCAGCUGUGACUUCCUGUCAGAUGGUGUUACUCAAGGCCCAGAUAAGAUAUGUAUUAAUCCUGAUUCUGCUGUCACAGUCUCACACGUCAAACCGAAGGAACUCCAAGUGCCGGAACCUCUCGCGCACAUCCCACUAGAAAACUUCCUGCAGACUUUGCAUUCAGAAACUCCAAGCACCGCGUCCUCUGCAGAUGAGAAGGAUCAGACAGAAGCUGAACCUCAGCUCUCCAGUUACCCCUGGUUCCAUGGGACACUGUCACGAGUAAAAGCUGCCCAGCUGGUACUGGCUGGAGGGUCAAGGAGUCAUGGCUUGUUUGUCAUUCGCCAAAGUGAGACACGGCCGGGAGAAUAUGUGCUGACCUUCAACUUCCAGGGGAAAGCAAAGCACCUGCGCCUCUCUCUGAAUGAAACAGGCCAGUGCCAUGUUCAGCAUCUCUGGUUUCAGACCAUCCUCGACAUGCUCAAACAUUUCCACACUCAUCCCAUUCCUCUGGAAUCUGGAGGUUCUGCUGAUAUCACUCUCCGCAGUUAUGUGCUAGUCACACAACCUAUCCCAGAGAUGAAUACUUCACACAAUGCCACACCUCCAGCUGCCCCUACACAACCCAGCUCCAGAAGUGAUACCCAUCAAUCACAACAUUACUUUGCCAACUCUGUAGCUGGCAGCCUUCAAUCUGCUGCCCAAGUUGAAGGGACAUCACCCAGCACCCAUCCGGCACACCACAGAUCAGAGGCUGCCAUCGCUAUUCGUACCAAUAUCUCCGAACGCCUACUACAACCUCAAGCUGCAACCUCAGAGGACUACCAUGACAGCGAUGGAUCAAGGAAUCGAGCGCGAGCUGUGGAAAAUCAAUAUUCUUUCUACUAACACAAGGAAACCCAAUGUAGCAAGCCUAGGAGAAUGCCUAUAUAUAAACAGGGAUACUUGACAAGAUACGUCGGCUCAGCAAAACAAGGGAAAAUAACAAAUGAGGGUAAAGAGACAGCAUCCCUGUCAUUUGACUACUAGCGAUGAAAAUGGAAACUGCUCCACAUAGAGUGGUUGUUUAAUGUGAAUUAUAGUGUUUGAUGCCACAUCUGGUUCAGAUCAAUUGGCAAAGACCAACUUUCCUUAUUAAAUAUGUUCUAAGGAUUUGUAUCUGCACUUUUCACUAUUACUGUGAAGAAAGAGUUUUGAUGGACUUGUGCACAGACAAUGAGUUAACAAUGAACUGUCUUACUCAUUAUUUUGUCUGUAGUAUUGUUUUUAGUGAGCCUGCUGUUGAUAUGAUCAGAUAAAGAUUUAGCUUGUAUGACAUCCCUUUGUCCUGUUAUCUUUAGCGGGGGAGGCGCUGACUGAUUUUUGAAGUGAAUAGUCAUUCCAAGGCCUAAGUAUGAUUUGAGCUGUUAGAGUACGCUGCUGAGAUCAGAAGAGAGAUUAACCUGUUUAAGUGUGAAGAAGCAUUUCAAUAUCCAUCUGAAUCCAUUUACCACAGGUUUCAGCAACAUCAGCAUUUGGUGUUCUCGGCUCCAGAAGGCAUCGAGGUCCACACAGCCCAUCAUUCAGCAUCACACUUGAGUGAAUUUUGCUGGCACGCACGCCAGGAUGUAUGAUGGUCUGUGUGUUUUAUUCAAGGACAUCUAUGCUGUCAUUAUCCAACUAGCCUUAAAUCAUUUCAAUUAAUGAGGGAAUGACAUUGGCAAUGGUCAUGAAGAACUUUACAGCGCAGCCUGGGAUACUGGACAUCUAACAGGAAAGCUGAAAAUUACAUGAAGUGAAAGAACAACAAAUAGAGAAAACAGAGAUCAAUGAAAGACAAUGAAACCUUGGAUACUGUUCACUGCAAGUAUUGUAAAUUAGGAAAUAUAUCAUAAUGUGUCCAUUUGUACUUCAUGAAACUGAUGUACAAUUUUGAAAAUUUUAUGAAAAAUGAUAAAUUAAGAUUUUUACGUAAUGUCACAAAGAUUCCAUAAGAGAUGUUUUAUGAUUCCUGUAAAUAAAGUUAUACAGUCUG